AGAAAGGCCCUCUCUGCAUGUGUGUGCCCUGGCAGAGAAAGGGCAGCUGCCCACAGUCAAAACUCACCUUGCAAUAUCUUGCUUUGCAAAACCUUGGACCGUUUCCUCCAGAUGCCUUUUCCUGAACUAGAAAUGUAAAUUGGUAGUGAAUCCAGUAAUGUUAUCACUCCGGAUCGCUGCCGUCCCUUUAGCUUUUUACCAAAAAAACCAUCCUCAGUGUAGGGCCCUUCAUUCCUGCUGCUCCUGGGAUUGGUGUCGCUGUUAAGUCGUAAAUAUUUGGACGUGCUCCUGGUCCCGGUGCGAGAGUGGUAGCGCGUUAAAGCUCCGAAAAAAAGGUCCCGGUGAGAGGCGGGAAGAAAUAUUUCAACGUGGCAUCACCGGAGCAAGGGAGCAGCACGGGAGUCGACCGCACUUCCUCUGCACGGAGCGGGGGCGCAGCCGGGCGCCCCGGGUUGGGGUCGCCCGUUCCUCCCGCCGCCCCGCUGCCGCCAGCCCUGGGGGGCAGCGCCGCCCCUACUCCGGGCUGACAGCGAGCAAAGGAAGACGCUGCGUUGGCAGGGAGUCGAGGAGCCCCGGAGGCGGCAAGGCAGGGGGCGGGCAGCCCCCCGUGCUCUCUCCCCGCUUCUCAGCGCCCCCCAGAGGUGCUGUCUCGCACCUUUGACCCGGCCAGGGACAAAACCCUGAGUGCCCCGGCUCAGCCGGUACCUGUCCCACCUCCGAGCGCACCUCUUGUCUGUCCCCCCACGAAAACGCCCCGCACGGGCGGUGUUUCUGUUUUAAAGAACCCUCUGGGGGCUCUUGGGCUUUAUGUUACGGUGCGCGUUGUGGUUUGUCACAUCUUAGAGCCCAGGUGCGUCGAUGGUUGUUCAGAGAAGGAUGUGGGUUUGCUUCCGACCUUGCCACACACAAGUAACUGCACGUUUCUUCCUAAAUUAACACGCGGAACAGCUGUUCGCCUUCACCUAAAUUAGUGACGCUCCGUGAGCAGACGGCACUGGAAUAGCGGACCUUUUGGAGGAGCAGCCGCAGCAGCCGCGGCCACGCCGGGACCGAGCAGGGAGGAUGGCCGGGGGGUGUCUCCCGGGGCUGCUUUUCAUCUUGCACGCCGCGGUUCGCCUGGCCGCCGAGCAAGAAGUUGAAAACCUCUCUGGGCUCUCCCCUAACCCCGAGAAGGACAUCUUCGUGGUGCGGGAAAACCGGACGACGUGUCUCAUGGCCGAAUUCGCCGCCAAGUUCAUCGUCCCCUACGACGUGUGGGCCAGCAAUUACGUGGAUCUGAUCACGGAGCAAGCCGAUAUCCCGCUGUCGCGGGGCGCCGAGAUGAAGGGCAAGUGCGGCACGAAUGAGUCGGAGCUGGAGCUCUCCUGGCUGGACCAAGCGUACACCCUCAAACUCUCCUUCCUGAAGGAGGGGCACAACACGUCCCGGGGCCCGGAGGCGUCCUGGAAGCUCAGCCGGAUCCAGUUCACCUACGACACCUCCGAGCGCACCUACUUCAAGGAUGCCGUCAGCCCUGGGAAGCACACGGCCAGCUCGCACCGGCUCUCGGCCCUGGUGACCCCUGCCGGGCGGUCCUACGAGUGCCAGGCGCAGCAGACCAUCUCCCUCGUCUCCAGCGACCACCAGAAGUCCGUGCAGCUCCUGCUGUCGGAAGUGCGGCUCCAGCCCUUCGACAUCCCCGCGGAUUUUGUCUUCAGUGAAGAACACAAGUGCCCGGUGGACCAAAGGGAGCAGCUGGAAGAAACUCUGCCCCUGAUCCUGGGACUGAUCCUGGGGCUGGUUAUCGUGAUCACCCUCGGCAUCUACCACAUCCACCACAAGCUGACAGCCAGCCAGGUGCAGAUCCCUCGGGACAGAUCUCAGUACAAACACAUGGGAUAGGGAGCAGGACCGAGCAACCCAAGCAUUUAUCAGGUAGAAAAAGCAAAAGCACUUUUUUCUGUGGGUGAGGAAAGGUUCUAGGGCGGCUAAGGAUGGUAUUCACGGCACCUAAUCCUGAGUAUUUCACGGAAACACUCAGGCUAAGGCUUGGCUUUUAACAUAGACUCUGUAAGGAGACUCAGUGUCUGAGGUGUCUGUAGGUGGUUUGAAUACCUUCUCUAAGCAGCUGGGCUGAUCAUCUGGAAACAGAAAUGCUUUACAUGUCAGAGUUUCACACUGGGACCACAAUUAACAUUCUUGUUUUAUUUAUUUUUUCCCUUUUACCCAUCUCAAGAGAUUCUUGCCUCCCUCUGCAUCACCUGUGGAGCAUUGAGCCCUCCACGUUCCUGUCCAUGCAGGAAGCAGGGCUGGGAGACAGAGCCCUUGCACUGGGCUCAUUCAGGCCUUCUAAUGAAGGGACUCAAAUCACAUCUCCCCAAGUUUGCACUCAUGUUAAGAAAAGCAUGGAGGCAAAUGCAGGUGUGCUUUGGGGGGAAAAAAAAAAAAAAAUCAAGGUCAGUAACUCCAGCUGUGGAACUGACCUCACACUUGAGACUGAGUGAGGAAAGUUUGUUUUUGCUUCUUGAGCCACAUCUGAAGUAAACUUAGAAAAAAAAUUAAAAAAAAAGAAAAAAAGUAUUGAUAUACAAAUUAUAAAGUGCCGUGCUACUGCAAGUCAACUGAGAAAUGCUUCUGGCUGGGCAUCCUGCACGUAUUGUGAUUGUGGUUGAGAUGUUACAUUGCUACCUGCAACUGAUAAUUUUCACAACAAAACAAAAAAGAGAAAAAUAAAACAGUAAUGUUAAAGUUACUAUGCAGAUUAUUCAGGUAUAAUCUACUGUAACAGAAAAAAUAUAAGGGAACCCUUGAAAUCUAUCCUUAAAUGUAGACGAUUUUUAAAAUUAAUUAAAACAUGUACAUACAUAAUGCUU